ACCGUAUUUACCCCGCUCGCCUCCUCAGCAACCCACAGCCUACUCCUUUAUAUCGAGCUCUAUGCUCCAGGCGAACUCAAGGCUGGAAGGCAGUCUAGCAGGCUGUCGGCCAAUGGGCGGCUAUCGAGCAUGGAGCCGAAUCAAGUAGAGACGACAGGUCUGAAGAAGUGACGUCGCUGGUUGAGAGUAGCCUCCUAGUAGCGCUACAUGCACACAUACAUACAUACGUACAUAGAGCCUAGCCCAGAGAACAACGAGGUAGUUGAAGUACAUGCAUUCAUUGCAUUUCAGUGGGAGUCAGUCCGAAGUGGGAGUGCUUUAAGCAGCCAGUCAAUCAGCCCGUGGCAUUCAGUGGACCCCACCUAUCAGCCCCGAGUGGCACGCCCUACUACAGUGGGCCAGAACCCCGAUUCCGCCCCAUGGUUGCGGCGGUCUGGUUGGUGUGAUCGCAAGCCCUUUCUUUCCCUCCAGUCGCCAUCGUCGCCAUCGCCGUCGUUUCAUCAUGACUUUGUUCCGCGGUAUCGACGACAACAUCGACUUGAAUGGCUUGAUGGACAGUGCGGGCGUGCCGGCCACGCCCCCCAACGUGUUCGGGAACCCCCAGUCUCCGCUCGAGCUCAAGCCCGACGUGUCCAUGUUGUUGAACGCCCCUUCACCCGCCUCUUCCUUGGGAGGCGGGAGUAGUAGUUUGACGCAUAAUCCGCCCACACCGCGUCCGGGCUCACCUUCGGUCAACUACCCGCCUUUGAGCGGGUCCAAGCACUUUUGCAGCAUUUGCGGUGAUCGAGCCUCGGGCAAACAUUACGGCGUUUAUUCCUGCGAAGGCUGCAAAGGCUUCUUCAAGCGGACCGUGCGCAAGGAGCUGACCUACGCGUGCCGCGAAAACAAGGACUGUAUCAUUGACAAGCGUCAGCGGAAUCGUUGUCAGUAUUGUCGCUACAUGAAGUGUCUGGCCAAUGGGAUGCGACGCGAGGCCGUCCAAGAGGAGCGGAACCGCAGCGGUUCCAGUGCCAGUGGGGGUAAUGGCGGUGGUGGUGCCGCGGGUAGCGGCAAAGGCGGUGAUAAUGAGGUCGAGAGCUCGACCGGUGGUCCGCCUAUGAGUGACAUGCCCAUUGAGCGUAUUAUCGAGGCCGAGAACAUCUCGGAGCUGGGCGGGGCCUUCAGUCGCAAGGACAGCGACGACUUACAGGCCCAUAUGCCCGGGGGCUUCGAAGGGGAUCAGCCCAACAAACGGAAAAUGCUUCAGCAACUGGUCGAGUGGGCCAAACACAUUCCCCACUUUACCGACCUCAAAAUCGAAGACCGGAUCAAGCUUAUUCGCGCGGGUUGGAACGAGCUGUUGAUCGCGGGAUGCGCCUUCCGCUCCAUGAACGAGGAGAACGGCAUCUUGUGGGCGGACUCGCAGUUCAUUAAGCGAGAAAAUGCUCACUUGGCCGGAGUGGGUGACAUUUUUGACCGGGUACUCGUGGAGCUCGUGCAGAAAAUGCGGGAAAUGAAAAUGGACAAAGCCGAAUUGGGUUGUCUGCGUGCAAUCAUCCUGUUCAAUCCAGAUGCAAAAGGGUUGGAGCAAGGCCCCGCUUUGGAAGUGGAGAACUUCCGAGAAAAAGUAUACGCCACUUUGGAAGAGUAUUGCCGCAUGAAUCACGAAAAUGAACCCAGCCGUUUUGCCAAACUGCUCCUCCGACUUCCAGCAUUGCGGUCCAUUGGCUUGAAGUGUGUCGAACAUUUGUUCUUCUACAAGCUCAUCAAGGACGAUGGACCCAACAACAGCAAUGGGGCCGACGUGAACGACGUGGCCGCCCAAAGUCUGGAUAUUUUCAUCAAGGAAAUCCUGGAGGAGUGACUCCCAGCGUCUUCCCAACCGUUCUGAAUGAACGGGCACCAAUUCAGGUUGAAUUGGAUCGCAGAGCUUCGUCGCUCGGAAGCCCUCUCGGGUAAUGAAGUGCAUUUACGUAUAUCAAAUCGGACCGCGAGAGUGGAAGUGUUAAUGGUGGCGUCUGCAUCUACAAACAAAUAUAUUUAUCAACUCAUUGAAAACGUGCUUUUUGAACUUGACGUGAUUAGUGCGUAAAUUCAAGAUGAUGGAUGAUUAUGACGGUUCGUCUCGAUCAUUGAAGUGUAAAAAGGUCCUCCUGUUACUGUGUGAGUGUGAUUCUAUUCUCAAAGAGGCGACCAAACUCCGAUGGAACCGCAGAUUCACAUACGGACGAGAAUUUAUAUACAAAGCAUACUCUAUUACUUACAUAUACAAAAAAAUUAUAUAUAUAUAUACGAUCAACUCUUUCCUUGCCUCAAAUGGAAAGGAUUCAAACAGCUGUUGAAUUAAACGAACCUACUGGGCA